AUGAGAAGGUCACGGCCUGCGCCCCAGGAAGUGGCAUUGCGCCAACGCCAUCCCUUAGGGACAGGCUUAUUCACAGAAGCUAUCAACGCAGCCAAGGUCGCCGAAAGCAAAGCAGAGAAAGCACUCCUCCUAUGGGGCGACCUCCCCGCCUGGCGCCGCGACAACGCUUUCAUUCACUCUGGCUAUUGUCAAAUCCGUCCGUCCUACUUGCACUCGCUUCGGUCCCUCUUCAAUCUGCAUAAUGAAUCCGUCAACGUCUGGUCGCACCUCCUCGGUGCUAUAGCAGCUGUCGCUAGCUCAUUCUACUUGUACUACGUCAUCCGCCCGCGAUACGAUUUUACUACGCCAUCUGACGUGCUCGUCUUCGCAUUCUUUAUUGGUGGCGCAGUGUUGUGCCUUGGCAUGAGCGCGACGUUCCACGCUGUGCUCAAUCACAGCCAGAAGGUGGCGCGGUGGGGAAAUAAGCUAGAUUAUACGGGAAUUGUCGUGUUGAUUGUGGGAAGCUUCGUGCCGGCAUUGUAUUAUGGCUUUUUUUGCAUGCCUAUGCUGCUCGCGGCGUAUUUAUGCCUGAUAUGUCUGCUUGGCACCGGAUGCGCUAUUGUCUCGUGGGUAGAGCAGUUUCGCACCCCAAAAUGGCGGCCAUACCGAGCCAUGAUGUUUACCGGCCUCGGCUUAUCCGGCUUCAUCCCUGUUAUUCACGGCGUCACCAUCUAUGGCUACAAGGGGUUCGAAGACAGAAUCAGCGUUACGUGGAUCAUCGUUCACGGUGCCAUGUAUAUCUUCGGCGCAGCUCUCUACGUGGCUCGAUGGCCGGAGAGGAGUUUUCCAGGAGCAUUCGAUAUCUGGGGCAGCUCCCAUCAGAUCUUCCACAUGUUUGUCCUGCUCGCUGCGGCAACGCAUUUUUAUGGCAUGGUGAAGGCGUUUGACUACCAUCACACGGUCUUGGGAUCCCAGUGCUUGACCGAAUAA